AUGGAAGCUCUUGAGACGGGCAACAAGCGUCUGACGACAAGAGCUGUGAAAGAAGCAUUUUCCUCAGUAAAAGUUGACCAUCGUAGAGGUGAAUACAGGAACAUUCGUCGGUCAGUUUCCUGUCAAAGUAGCAGCUCAACACCCUCCUUUGAAGUUCGUCGCGACUCAGAAAUACAUCAGUUACAACAAGAAGUUGCUUUAAUACAUAUACAAAAGGCCAAAACCAUGAUGGAUUGUAUAAUGUCAUCAGUCGACAAUACAUACCUGAGAAGCCUUUUAUGUAUGUACAACAAAGAAAUGGAUUGUGUGUCUGCACUUUCAGAAAAUAUUGACAUCCUUUAUGAAAAGGAACUUCAAUUUCUUUUGCAACAUGACAAGAAACUGUCUGCCAGUGAACAGGGUCCACUUGUUGAUGAAUUCCAGAAAUUAUCAAACAUU